AUGAACAAAUAUUUAGAAAUACCACGAUUUAAACUAGAUAAUGAAUCCAUUGAAACAAACACAUCAAUUAGUCAAAUUCAAGUAGAAAAAAAAAUUGAACAAAUAUUCAAAUCGUUUUGUUCUAAUGCAGAAUGUGAUCCUGAAAUUCCAGUCUUACACAGAGAAGAUCACAUAAAUUAUAUAAAAAAACACAUGUUUACACUUCCAGAAAACUAUGAAUGUUUGGACUCAAGUCGACCAUGGUUAUGUUACUGGUUGUGCCAAUCAUUUGCAUUAUUGAACUGUGAACUAACAACUGAGGAAAAGUCUGAUGUUGUUUCUUUCUUAAUAAAGUAUGCCAUUAAAACUUACAGAAAUAUUUGUAUAUUUUUAAACAUUUCUUAUAUUUAGGUGUCAACAUGAAUCUGGUGGCUUUUGUGGUGGACCAAAUACUAUUCCACAUCUAGCUCCUACAUAUGCUGCCAUUUGUGCUUUGUGUUUAAUCGGUACAGAAGAAGCAUAUUCAGUGAUAAAUCGAGAAAAUUUGUAUAAGUUUUUAAUGUCAUUACGUUUACCUAAUGGUUCAUUUAAAAUGCAUGUAUAUGGCGAAUCUGAUGUCCGAGCUGUGUAUUGUGCUGCUACAGUAGCUCGUUUAACUAAUAUAUAUACAGACACUUUAUUUGAAGGAAGUGCUCGGUGGGUGAUAAGAUGCCAAACAUAUGAAGGAGGAUUUGGUGGCUUGCCUGGAGUGGAAGCUCAUGGUGGCUAUACAUUUUGUGGAUUUUCAGCAUUACUGCUACUACAGUCAGUUCAUAUGUGUGAUACCAAAUCCCUCUUACGAUGGGUGGCUAAUAAACAGAUGCCGUUUGAAGGUGGUUUCCAAGGACGAACUAAUAAGCUUGUGGAUGGUUGUUAUUCAUUUUGGCAGGCUGCUGUUUUUCCAGUGAUAUCGGGACUUUUAGAAUCUGAAGAGAAGCGUCCAAUUGGGUCAUUAUACGACUAUAGAGCUCUUCAGGAAUAUGUUCUAAUAUGCUGUCAGUACAAAUACUAUGGAGGCCUAAUAGACAAACCUGGGAAACCACCCGAUGUCUAUCACACUUGUUAUGUUCUCAGUGGUCUAUCUUUAGCACAGCAUGCUAUUAAAAAUAGUAGUUGUGUUGUUGGAACACCUGAAAAUAUUUUAAAUGAGAAUAAUCCAAUUUAUAACAUUGAAGUAACAUCUUUAGAUAAAGCUUUAAAUUACUUUAGAGCUGCUACACAAAUAAAUUAUUAA